GCUGCUUCUUGCUGCGCCGGUGCGGUGGUGGUUUGGACUCAGGAUUCCGUCUAGCCGAGGCGCCGAUGCUGGCUGGUUUGCUGGCUGACGGGCUGGCGGGCUGGCCGGAGUCGAGCAUCGAUAAAUUUAUUCUCGCAUGCGGCUGAUCGCCUGCUGCUGCUUGCUGCUUCGGGGUUUAUGAGCUCUCCAGCUGCACACCUGCGAAUCACACCCAGAACUCUUAUUUUGGUGCAUCUCGUGCGGAAGGGAGGAAAAAGCCAGCGAAUCCGUCCCGGAGAGAGAGAGAGAGAGAGAGAGAGAGGGAGGGGUGUCUCUUUCAUUGUCUUGAGAAGGAGAGACGUCGGAGUCGGGUUGUCUCUGGAGCUGGCACUUCGGCGUGACGGGAAUGCCUUGGAGGGAACGUUGAGAUUUCGGAGGAAGAAUUGGGCCGGGUGUCGGGGAUUGCCUGCGUCGAGUUGAUUGCGAGUGGGGAGGUUGUUGUCGUUGUUGGGGAUGAGUUCGGUGAUGGGGUGGAACACGAGUUCCGAAUGUUUGUCCGCGGGGAGUAGUCUUUGUAGAACCUGCGAUUGGACUGGGUAGUCGUUGGGGGCAGGCAGGCUGGUGGCAGACGUCGAGGGAGUCGAGAAUCGGAGGAUCGAUCAGGAGAGUCUGGGAGUUUCGGCGUGAGAGGGGAAUCGUCGUGGACCCUGUUGAGUCCUUUAGCGCGCAGAUCUGGGAUUGUUUCUCGUUCCGGGAUUCGAGUGAUUGCGAGUCUUUGGGAUUGUGCUGCCGUUUAUGAGGUGGCCCGAGAGAGGGAAAGUGUUAGAAAAGAGAAGAGAGUUGAGAGAAGAGGAGGAUGCAGAGACAUGAAAAGCCAGCUGACAUUUAACAGGGCUCAAAGUUUUGAGUGUCUCUCCUACUCUCGAGUCCCGGGAAUCAAAGCGAAUUCUGCAGAAGAUGUCAGAUAGGGAGGUCUUAUACAGUUGUGGGCAAUGUGGAUAUCCUUUGAAGUUAUGCUCCUCAGACCGAUCCAAUGUGGGAGUAGGCGCAAAUUACUAUAAGGAAACCAAGAAGGGCACGAUCUGCUUCCUGAAUUUUGAUGAAAGCCGCUUUAAGCUGCUCGAUGAGCUGAAGUGUGGCCUUUAUUGUGAAUCCAAGACUUCUUGGAGGCUGCAUCGGUUGAGGACAAAGCUAUUUUGCCGUCAGUGUGACGCACUUAUUGGCUAUGUCAAUGGGGAUGGAGUACAUUCUCUGGUUGGAUGUAGUGGUUAUGAUUCCAAUUCAGACAGUAACUCUUAUGGAAACAAGAGAUUCUGGGUGAAGAUCAGAGCGCUGCAGCCUGAUCAGGAACCUGACGAAAAUUACUCUCCUUCCAUGACGGAUGGAAAAGAAGAGUGACAGCUUCUUAACUGCAGAAAGUGCAUGCCCUCUUAAAUCGUCAACUGUCAACCACCACUCCUGAGAUUCGGUGCUACUUGAUGAACCAGUAGCCCUCCACGUUUGGAAUGGAAUAGUUCAUCAGCAAACUUCCCCGAUUGCUCGCAGCUGCAAUAGAAAGCCCUUCUUCCGAGGACCUCCGUCAUCUUGAGGCAUCCAGUGCCAGUUCGGAGACCUCAGUUCUGCGCUUCUUUUGUGGCGUGUGGUUGGAACCGACAUUGACGUCUUUGGAUAUGCCUUUUUGUGGUUGCCGUAUCUAAGUUGGGGAUUCACUAGAGAAAGAUGGCAGAGGGCGAAGGAUGUAGCACAUCUGUUGAGGAUCUACCUGAAGAGUGUCUCUUGAUCAUAGCAAAUCAGCUUGGAAACCGUGGCGAUAGGGACUCCUUUAGCAGUACUUGCCGUCGGUGGCUUCAGGUCGAGAGUUGUCUCCGUCACACUUUAAAUCUCCCUCACCACUUCUGUGACGAAGAAAGCUACGAUCAUCUACUUGAGUGUCUCUUGAAUCGCUUCCAAGCUGUAAAUAUUAUCUCCUUGACAGGAUGUGUGAAGCUUUCAGAUUUCGCCUUAUCCAUUCUCAAAUUCAAGUGUCCUCAGCUCAAGAAGUUGUACUUAGAUAGGUGUUACAACAUUACAGAUGAUGGGUUGAGGUCUGUUGGUUUUGCCAGUCUAGAACUUCUGAGCCUUUACCGCUGUAACGUGAGUGAUAUAGGACUAGAUUACAUAUCUAGGGCGUGUCCCAAUCUACAAGUUUUGAAUCUGUCCUAUUGUCUGAACAUCACUGAUGUUGGUGUAUCAGCUCUAGGCCAAGGUUGCCUAAACCUGAAGGAGAUGAUUAUCUCUAAUAGUUAUGAAAUUCGGGGAGGUGGCUUCAGCAAAUGUUCAUCCCUGGUUCGGCUAGAUGCAUCCUGCUGUAAACUCUCAGACAAAGGGCUUUCUCUGGCAGUCGGAGGAUGUGAUAAACUUGAGUAUCUGGAUAUUUCACAUACAAGGAGCGGCUCGGAGCAGCUCGGACCCCCUGGAUUCGCUACCAUUGGAACGUUGUGCAAACACCUUCAGGUGUUGAAUCUCAAGCUAUGUCGAGCUCUUGAUGAUGUUGCUGUGACUGAGAUUGCCAAGGGUUGCCAGGCCCUGAAGGAGUGGAAUCUUGCUGUCUGUUCGGACGUGAAGGAGGCAGGAUGGAGGGCAAUAUCGCAGUACUGCAAAAACUUGGAGAUCCUUCACGUUAACCGGUGCAGGAGCUUGACUGAUGCGAGUAUUCUCCACAUUAGGAACGGUUGCCCUCGUCUUAAGCGCUUGUACUUGAACGGCUGCCCAUUGGUUUCCCGCGUGGCGAUUGAACUUUUCAAAAGAUAUCGCUGUCAAGUGGAGAUAGUCACUUUAGAAUUCAUGGUACACGUCUGAUUACCUCCAUUUCUACUGGGAUGGUAAUUUUCAGGCUUUUGAGCAUUGGGUGUCGGUUCAAGAAGUGAUGUUCUCUAUAGGUACGCAUGAUCGGAAAGCGUCUCGCUGAACAUGACGUUAGAUGCCCAAGGUUGAGGACUUUUGCAAUUUGGAAGCUCUGUAAACUGUGAGUUGGGUAUGUAAGUAUUUGGUCGAUAAUUCACGAGAUAAGUAUGGGACUGGCAGUCAGUGGACGAACCGCUUGAAAAGCUCAAGUGAUUGAAUUGCUGUCCUGGCAGGCAGAUCUUCUUUUUAAGUCUUCUGCCUCAAAUUUGUAUUAUUCCUGAUGAAUAAACGCAUGGGGCUGCCCUUUCGGACAG